GCUGAUGAUGGGGGGGUGGUAUAAAAGGCCAGACUGGUGCCACAACCUGUCAUUUCCAAGCCCCUGACCCAGCCACCAACAUGCAGGGAUUUUUACUGGCAGUCUUGUGUUCCCAGUUCCUCCUGACCCGAGUGUCAGGCAGUUAUAGGAAUGCCAGCGUCCCACGACACCAUCCACCCUCCUACAUGAUGCGUCUGUACCGCAGCUUCAGGCCCGGACAGACCCCAGCUGAGGAUCACAUGGAGCAGGACAGGAGCAAGCAGGCAGAUACCAUCAGGAGCAUCAUGUCCAAGAGCCUGACCUACCACGACACACACUGGGUCGCAACCUUUGAUUUCACCUCCCUGCUGUCGGAAAAUCACGUCCAGGCUGCCGAGCUGAGGGUCCGUGUCCAGCCAGCCACCGGCCGCCAUUCCAACUUCACUGUGGAGAUCCGGCAUCAACAGGACCAUCCUUGCCACCGCCACGGCAUCUGCCUGGAGGACCAAUCCAUGGGCUUCCUCCCGGAAUCAUCUCUGAUUGGCUCAUCCAGUCACUGGAGGGUCUACAACGUCACGUCUCGACUGGUCCAGUGGAUGGAGCAGACCCAUUCCCAGAGAAGAAGGAGGCUGCAGAAGCUCAGGAGAUACCAGCAGACCCAACAUCACGUCCAGCCGAGCCCAAAGGCCUCUCAGGGCGGGGCCAGCAGAGCCAUGCUGGUGGUGUUUUCUCAAACUGGUUCGAAGAAGGGCACCCAGGACAAAGCCAGCCUCCUCCGAACGGCAGAGCGCUCCAAGUUCCUGCUGACUUCAGACAGUCAGGUGGUGCGGAGGGUGAAGAGGCAGAGGAACCGGAGAGGACAGCCAAUCAAACGGCACCCGGAGCCUGCUAGGUCUGAGGGUGAGAAGAAGAGCCUAUGUAGCAGAGUGGACAUGCAUGUGGACUUCAACCAGAUUGGAUGGGGCUCCUGGAUCGUCUUCCCCAAGAAGUACAACGCAUACCGAUGCGAGGGAGCGUGCCCCAGUCCUCUGGGGGAGGAGUUUCAGCCCACAAACCACGCCUACAUGCAGAGUCUGCUGAAGCAUUACCACCCAGGCCGAGUGCCCUCACCUUGCUGCGCGCCAACCAAGAUGAGCCCCCUCAGCAUGCUCUACUACGAGAACGGCGAGAUGAUCCUCCGGCACCAUGAAGACAUGGUGGUAGAAGAGUGUGGCUGCCUAUGAAGAUCCCUACUAUACCACCUGACUGAGAUGUAUACCACCUUCUGAGGGUCUACAUGGAGUUCAAGCUGAAGGACUUUGUAUUCUUCAAAACAUUUUAACCAAGCUCUACUGGAUGGUGUACCUUCAGCCUUCAGGAGAUAAUGGGAUUUUGCCUGAAAAAGCAGCAAAACCUGGGAAACUCUCCAGUGAGGAGUAGAGGAGGCUGCAAACCUCAAAAUGUGUCACUAACAUGUGACACAUAGACUAACAUCCAGAUGAACUGGCACCUGGAAUUAAAAUGAUCCAGCAGCUGCUCACUCCCCACAGUGACAAGUUAAUGAAGGAGAACUGAAGGAGAAACGAGCUGCAGACAGUAUUUGUUUGUGAUAUUUAAUUAAGAACCCAGUGUGGGUCUCAAGCACUGUGUACGCAUUUAAAACACACUCCCCCAGUGUGACCGUCCAUGUAAAUAUUUAUUGUAAAUAAUAGCUUAACAGAGUACAAAUAUUUAUAUUUAUUUUAUUUAUAAUUCUUGGAUUAGAAGCAAUCCAACUGAUGUUAUUUUUGC